ACAAAUUUUUACUUUACACUCAUCUCAAAAUGGCUAAUGUUUUCGGAUUAAUAUGCUCGGGAAGAUUGGUGCAAACAAAUUUCGAGGCGAUGUCGGAGACGCAGUUCCUGACGACGAUCCCGGACGCGGACGCCAUCAACCACGCGGUGGUGUUCCUGACGGGCGCGGCGCCGCUGCCCGCCGGCACCGUGGGCGUGGUGUACUGGUCCUGGCCCGACCCCGCCGCGCCGCCCAACUGGCAGGUGCUGGGACACAUCUCCAACGCCAAACCCUCCGCCAUAUUCAAGAUCUCUAACCUUAAGAAACUUCAUGAGCUUUCCAAUGAGAACCAGUUUAGCAGUGCCUUUGGUGCCCAGAAGAUAUGCACAAAUGCCCAAAUUGGUAUUGCCAUAGAGCCUGAGGCAAAUGCGGUCCUAGUCAGUAAUGCUCUUCAGGAGACAAACUCAUAUGCAACAUUUGCUGAGAAAAUGCUUGAGAACCUGGUGAACUUUGUGGCAUCAUUUGCGGUGACCCAGGACCAGAUGACCCCCACGCCCGGCGUGUCCUACAUCCCGCUCAACACACUGCAGACCUGGUACCAGAACUUUGAGCGGAGACUGCAGCAGAACCCCAACUUCUGGAAAAACUCGUAGAAUAAUAUUGAUUUGAAUCUGAAUGCUUGAAACUGUUACAAAGCCCAGUUCCUACAAGCUCAGAUAGUCACAUUGGCUUCCAGCAGUCGAUGUACAGCUGAGCGGUGCCUGCUCGGGACCCUGCUGGAGGGUCCACGCCCUGCACAGCAUGACCAGUGGAACUCUUUCUCAGUGACCUCAGAAUAAUAGAAUGUACUCUGUGCUCAGUGACUUUCUAACUUUGACUAUAUUUUGCAUAAUGUCUUCUUAUCCUUACCAAUAUUUUCCAAUGUUUAUUGCUAUGAAAAUAUUUUUACUAUUUAUAUCUAUAAGUUGCAAGUGAGAGAUAAUCCCAGUCAAUUGUUUCCUGUGGAAACAGCUCCAUGGGGGCACACAUUGUUUGUUCCACGUGGCAUCUGUAAUUAUUUAAUUUAUAUGACGACCUCAUAGACUGCUUAGACGUAUUUUUUAUAAUACUAAUAAAUUAUAUUUGAGUCAA